CGUAUAGGUUUUCUCACAUAUCAAUCAAUCUUCUUUCGACUCACACUACUCAUCUCUUCUUUUCUCUCUAUCCAACAAAACAAAGCUUAGCAAAAACAACACACUCAAAGGGUUUUUCUUUUUCUUUUCAACCAAACCAAACCAAACCAUGUUUUCAUCUUAAUUAACUUCAAUUUAAAUGUAAUUGAAAAAUUAAGAUUCACUUUCCCUCAUUCAAUUUUAGGUCUUCUUCUUCUCUCUCUCUCUCUUCCCCAAAACCCUUUCAACCUUCGAUUUCUGUAUUCCAAUUCCUCGAUCUCGCUAUGGAAUCUCGAGAUUUGACAUCGUCUUCUCCUUCUUCAACCACCAACCGCGACUCUCCUUCCGCCGAAGUCGACGAUGGCGUUCUCGCUCUCACCGUCGCUCUUGCCAAAGACGCUGCUUUGCAUUAUCAAUCUGGCAAGUUCGCUGAAUGUGUUGAUGUCAUGCAACAUCUCUUGCUAAACAAACCUACCGAUCCAAAGGUACUUCAUAAUACAGCAAUUGCGGAAUUCUUCCGAGAUGGUUGUUCUGAUCCCAAAAAGUUGCUUGAAGUAAUUUAUAGCAUCAAGAGAAAAUAUGACGAGCUUUCCCUGACGUAUGUGGAUCAAGGAGAGCUAGUUAACAACGUCGGAAAUAAAGUUGCUUUGGGGUCCAAAGGAAGCAAUGCCUCAGCACCACAGUUUUCAGGUGUAAAUAGCACUGACACAAUGCAUCCAGAUGAACUUGACUCUUCCGUCGCAACACUAAAUAUUGCUAUUAUCUGGUUCCAUCUUCAUGACUAUGCAAAGACGGUAUCGGUUUUGGAACCCCUAUUUCAAAAGAUUGAUCCCAUAAAAGAGUCAACAGCUCUACAUAUCUGUCUUCUGCUGCUUGAUGCUAGCCUUGCAUGCCAUGAUGCAUCAAAAUCAGCUGAUGUGUUGACUUACCUGGAAAGAGCAUUUGGUGUUGGUAGUGCGAAUCAAGUUGACAAUGGGAAUACAACACAGCAACAAUCUGCAAAUCUAACGACAAAGUCUGUUCCUGUCACCAUUAGUGAAUCUGCUGCCGAUCCAUCCAGUUCCGAUUUAGGGUCAAGUGCUAAUGCAUCGGAAAAUAAUCUAUCCAGAACUUUCUCUGAAGAUGGGCUUGAUUAUGAAGCCAUGAUUUUGGAUAUGGGUUCACAAAAUUUAACUAGGCCAACGGUCCCUCCUUCAAAUUAUCUUUCUAGGACUUUGGUUGACAGGUUUUCUACUCUUGAUUUAAAGCUCAAGUUGCAACUUUGCAAGGUGCAGUUUCUGAUUCUUACUAGGAACCUGAAGAUAGCAAAACGAGAAGUCAAGCUGGCUAUGAACAUUGCACGUGGAAGAGAUUCAUCCAUGGCUCUGAUUUUGAAAUCUCAGCUUGAAUAUGCUCGUGGUAACCACCGCAAGGCAAUAAAGCUAUUGAUGGCAUCAAGUAAUAGGACAGACACGGAGUUUUCAAGCAUUUUUAACAACAAUCUUGGGUGCAUUUAUUAUCAGCUCGGGAAAUAUCAGACGUCCUCAUUCUUCUUCUCAAAGGCAUUAACUAAUUGUUCGUCGCUACGGAAGGAGCAACAAAAAAAGCUGGCCACUUUCUCGCAGGAUAAGUCUCUCCUUAUAAUUUAUAAUUGUGGCGUGCAGCACUUGGCUUGUGGAAAGCCAAUACUUGCAGCUCGAUGUUUUCAGAAGGCAAGUUUGGUCUUCUACAAACAGCCCCUCUUGUGGCUCCGACUCUCAGAAUGCUGUCUGAUGGCUUUAGAAAAGGGCCUAAUCAAAUCAUGUCGAGUUCCUUCAGAGAAGAUGGAGGUUGGAGUUUGCGUUGUUGGGUUGGAAAAAUGGAGGCAACUUGUUGUGGAAGAUCAAAUUCCAGGUAAUGGACACAUGGAAUCCUCCAAAGGGGAUGAUUGCGUUCCAGGUGAAGAUGGGCGGCUGAAGUUAUCGAUGUCCCUUGCUCGGCAGUGCCUCUUGAAUGCUCUUCACUUGCUAGACUCCUACAGUACAAAUCGUUUGAAGUCUGGCUUGCCCUCUAAUUCUUCUGUGGAGGAUGAUACAAGUGAAAUGUUGCCGUCAAAGAAUUUAAGUCGUAAAAACUCGCAUGGCGCUGAUUCAAAGGCAUUUUCAGUAGCAGUAGCUGUAGGUCAGGUAAAUUCAAAUGGGGACACAAAAGAACAGAAGGGAGGAGCUAGUCAGGAACUCUUCCAGAACUCCCUCUCGUAUUAUGAAGAUGUCUGUAGAAGAGAUAAUCAAUUGGUCAAGCAAGCUGUUCUAGCUAAUUUAGCAUAUGUGGAGCUGGAAUUGGACAAUCCUGUGAAGGCACUUGCAGCUGCAAAAUCUCUUUUUGAACUUCCAGAAUGUUCCAGAAUUUACAUCUUUCUAGGCCAUGUUUAUGCGGCAGAGGCUCUUUGCUUGCUGAAUAGACCAGGAAAGGAAGCUGCUGAUUACUUAUCAUAUUAUUUGUCUGGAGGAAACAGUGUUGAAUUGCCAUUUAGUCAAGAUGACUGUGAGAAAUUGCAAGUAGAGAGGACUGUUGAAUUUGAAGACGGAAAUGGAGGAUCCACUGCUGCGAAGAAUUCUUCUCUUCAGGAUCCUCAAAGUAUUGUUUUCCUCAAGCCAGAGGAGGCAAGGGCAUCAAUUUAUGCUAACUUUGCUGUAAUGUCUGCAAUGCAGGGUGAACUUGAGAAAGCCAAUAUAUUGGUUACACAGGCAUUGUCCAUAUUGCCCAACAGUCCAGAGGCCACACUUACUGCAGUUUAUGUUGAUCUCUUGCUUGGUAAGCCACAAGAAGCUCUAGCCAAACUAAAAAGUUGUAGCCGUAUUAGGUUCCUGCCCAGUGGAGUAAGUUUAAAUAAAUCUUCAUGAGUGUUGUAUGCAUGGUUAUAUCAUUGUGCCUGGCCCACCUCUCAGUUUUAGUUAGCAGGUAGCUUAAUCCUUCCAUAGCAUUUGUAACAUAUAUAAGUUCAAUUCAGGGAAUAAUUUUUUUGUGAUUCAUUGUUUUUAUAAUUCUCAAAUUUAGGGGUCAGUUACAGGUGGAGGCUGGUUAGUGUUAGUGCCCACCUUUGAAAUUUGAGGUGUAGAUCUGAUUCGGAUUGUGUUUUUUUAUUUUCUAGAGGCUAAUUUAGUUCAUAUUCAAGAAUAGUUCAUGUGCUUAUAUUGAGAAAACUAAAAAGUGGAUAGUUGUUUUGGAAUUCCAUUUUUAAUCUGAGGGAGUUCGCUCUUUCUAA